AUGGAGCGUUUCAAAGAAUCCGCUGCGAGAGUAGCACUUCCAUCAUUCGAUUCUGAAGAGCUCCUUAAGCUGAUCGCUGAGUUUGUGCAAGUGGAAGAAAGAUUCAUCCUACUGAAAGAGGGGUACUCCCUCUAUCUUCGGCCGGUACUUGUGGGCACCAGCGGUGGUCUUGCUGUCACCGCUCCUACAAGUGCGCUUCUUUACAUCGUGGCCUCACCAGUCGGAGCAUAUUAUGGAGAAGGAUAUAGCGGUAUUUCUCUUGAAGCAACAAAUGGCGCGAUAGCCACCCGGGCUUGGCCAGGAGGUGCUGGGCGCCAUAAAGUUGGUGGGAAUUAUGCUCCUUGCGUGGCUCCAGAAAAGACUGCACAAAGCCGUGGGUAUCAACAAUGUCUGUGGUUGUUUGGAGAUGACGACGCCAUCACUGAAGCUGGAACGAUGAACAUAUUCAUCUCGCUCCGAGUUUCGAAAUCGGAGCGAUUUGAGUUGGUUACUCCGCCUCUAGAUGGGGUCAUACUUCCAGGUAUUACGAGAGAUUGCAUUCUAAAACUUGCUGAAGAAAAGCUUGAGCCUCUAGGUUGGUUGGUCAGCGAACGCAAAAUCACCAUGUCAGAACUAGCAGCAGCAUCUGAUUCAGGGGAACUUCUUGAAAUUUUUGGAACAGGAACGGCUGCAAUUGUAAGCCCAGUAGAGAGGAUCAAAUGGGGUGAGAAGAUUAUAAAGUGUGGCCCGUCUGAGAAUCAUAAUGCGGCAGACUUGGCGCCGCUCAUGAAAGGCUGGAUAGAAGCCAGGCAAUGUGGACUAGAGGAGCACCAUUGGAGUGUGCUCAUUGAUGAUAUAAAGAAACAGCGGAUGCUGAGCUUCAAAUAG